AUGGUAAACGUAUAUGUUUAUAAAAUAAGAUGGGAGCCCGAGGAUCGGCCGUUUCUCAUGGUGAUCCGGCCACAGGUGCAGGCGACUGCGGACGAAGACGACGCGGUGGUGGCUAACACGACAUUUUUGGUGCCGCGGUUUGAAGAGGCGCGCGCGAGGAUGCUCAGCAUGCCGUUUGAAAAUGACAUUCAUGUUGUGGCGUAUGAAGAGCACUGGAAUUACUAUACGACGCUUUCCCUGUCGGAGAUCUGGGGCGAUACGCUGUCGCCCAAGCUCAUGGUAGACGACGAAAUGCGCGACUUCAUCCAGCGCGGCCUGGCGUCCAAUGGCUUUACUGUCGCUGGGCUGGCCGGCCAAGUCGAAGCCACGCGCCAGGUCAAGACAGCGCGUGAAAUUGGUAUUUUGAAAGCCGUGAACACGGGGACCGCGCAGGCGAUCCGCGCUAUGAGACAGUGUCUUUAUCCCGGGGUGACUGAAAACCAAGUCAAGCUUGUGCUGGAUGAUACGCUGCGCGCAGCAGGACUGGAUCCCUUCUUCGAUAUUGUGGAAUUCGGCAAGAGUGCGGCGCUGCCGCAUGGCGGAUACGAUGUGACGAGGAAGCUUGAGGCUGGUAUGUUUGUGCUCAUUGAUGUCGGAGCGAAGUUGUAUGGAUAUAGCUCCGAUGUGAGUCGUACGUUCUAUCCCCCCUUUGAAGCAGCACCACAGGCUUCAGAACACAAUCAAACCGAGCAGCUGCAUGUCUGGCAGCUCGUGCUGGAUGCGCAGAAAGCAGCUGUCAUGGCAAUGGUACCAGGCGCUACGGCCGCGUCUGUUGACAUUGCUGCGCGCGAUGUUAUCCAAGCGGCAGGCUAUGGCCCGUAUUUCACCCAUCGUCUAGGCCAUGGCAUUGGCAUCAAAGCGCACGAAAGCCCGUACCUGAACAAAGGCAACUUGGCGACAACACUGCGACCAGGUAUGGUAUUCACCGCUGAGCCUGGCGUUUACCUCAUGGAUCAAUUUGGUGUGCGCCAUGAAGACGUGCUCGUCGUCAAAGAAGACGGGGAGGCGGAGAAUAUUAGCGGUGGAUUCGCAAAAGGUCCCUGGGAACCUUGA